AUGUCCCAGUAUUUUCCACCAUUGCGCCCGGCUGCCUCGUCCGCCGUGGCGACGGAUGAGAGUUCCGAAAAAGAUUCUGAAAAGCCAUCAAAAAGGCCACGACGUCACCAUUCUGUUGCUCCUGCCUGUCUUUUCUGUCGUAAGAAAAAGGCAAAGUGUGACAGAACUAGGCCCAAAUGCAGCAAUUGCCUAGAGAAAGGAGUGGAUUGUGUUUACGACGCGGGGGAAAAUGAAAACCGCUAUCAGAUGCUGAGAAGAAAAAAUAAAGAGCUCGAAGCCCACUUGAAUGUAUAUCGACAUCUCUUCGACGCUCUCCGUGCUUCUUCGGUGGCUGGGCACCCAGAGCUUAGCCGUAUACUGACCACCGCUGAACUACACCAAUCGACUGCUUUGGCCUCUCGCUCGCAGGUGUUGGAUGGAGAUGCCGGGGAUGUCGUCGAAGAUAUCUCGGGCGCAAACGAUGAAGACGAUUUUGAUAAGGAGUCUCCUAGCCUUCUGCAUCGGCACCAAAGCGGCGCCUCUGAAAACGACUCUCCCGGAUCACCGAAGAUGACCGAUGGGAAAUAUCAGAUAAAUCACUUUGAGCCCGUUCGCACCAAUCCAUGUUCAAACGAGGCUUAUGAAGCUCCAGAAAGAGUUCAAGACGGGACCACUUUUGCGUCUCCGAUGUCGAGCAUCUUUUCCAUGCUGCAAAGAUCCCAAAAGUUGAGCUCGGAACCAGAAAGUGGAAUCUUCUAUCAAACAGCAUCAGCAAAGAUUCGAGAUAGAGACAUUUCGACAUCUCGGAAAAGCUCAAUUGCCAUACCAUCGUCUGCAAUUUCCCCGAGCAGCAUCAGCGACACGACAGCUUGCCCAGAGAUUGUGAACCGACUCGCAACGGGUAUCGACGACCCAGCGUUGCCCAGCAGACGGAAAAUAUCCGAGCACUCAGUGUCUUGGCCGACAUCCCAUUCUCCCAGUCGCCACCUUCCUGGGGAGCGUCGUUCUUAUGAAGAAUCUUUGACCAGUACGGUAUUUCUCAGAUUUCGCGACGCAGCACUUCAAAUGAUGGCAGAUGGCGUUCCUGCACCCGUCAUUCUUGGCCCACCUGAAUUUAUAAACUUCGACUUGUUUUUCCGGGAACGGACAUCGCAGGACAAUCAUACCGUGAGCUCCUUCGCAUGUGAGGUGUGCAAAACGUUGCCUGGACAGGAAAUAUUCGUGCUUUUGGCAGGGGCUAUGUUCCUUGGGUAUCUGAUGCGAGCAAGUUCCCCACUUCCAAAGCCGUUAAAUGAAUGGAAAAUUAACGCCAGGAAUCUGCAGUGGACAUUGCUGCCAACGGCCGAGAAUUAUGCCAGAGUUCCGGACAUCGUCAAGCCUUUAAUCAGCGAAGCAAUUGACACUGUGGGUGCAGUUGCUAAUAUCCUCUCCUCCCCUACCUUCUAUCAAGCUAUUGCGCAUAAAUAUCACAAGUGGUUGAUACCGGACGGGCAUAGUUCAGGGAGUCGGACUGUUCGCUGGCCGUUCUCUCUCGGUGAAGCCAUAACAAGGGAUAACCAAAGUGGUUGCACACGUCUGACGCUCGCCUUUGAACAGCACGUCUUGAAUCCGAAGAACUGGGGCUGA